AUGGCUUCCUCCACCCUCACCAAGCCCAGCAAGCCCAAUGUGGGCGUCUUCACAAACCCUCGGCACGACCUAUGGAUCGCUGAAGCUGAGCCAUCCUUGUCCGCUAUCGAAAAGGGCGGCAACCUACAACAUGGCGAGGUCACAGUUGGCAUCAGAAGCACAGGAAUAUGCGGAUCCGAUGUACACUUCUGGCACGCAGGGCGCAUUGGGCCAAUGAUUGUAGAAGACACCCAUAUUCUAGGUCAUGAGUCUGCAGGAGUGGUCCUGGCAAAGCAUCCCUCUGUCGGUCACUUGGAGGUGGGAGAUCGCGUUGCAAUUGAGCCCAACAUUAUCUGCCACCAGUGUGAACCCUGCUUGACAGGGCGAUACAAUGGAUGCGAAAAUGUCCGAUUCCUCUCUACACCACCAGUAAAUGGGUUGUUACGCAGAUAUGUCAAUCACCCGGCUAUAUGGUGUCACAAGAUUGGAGACAUGUCCUAUGAACAUGGUGCCCUGUUGGAACCGCUAAGUGUAGCACUGGCUUGCAUGGACCGAUCUGGCGUCAAGCUCGGCGAUCCCGUGCUCAUCUGCGGAGCAGGACCCAUCGGGCUUGUGACAUUGCUCUGUUGCCGCGCAGCCGGUGCAGAACCGAUUGUCAUCACCGAUAUUGAUGAAGGUCGACUUGCCUUUGCCAAGGACCUCGUCCCAUCAGUGCGAACACACCAGGUUCGGCCAGGAAGCUCCGCAGAAGACUCUGCAAAGGCGGUAGUUGCAGCAGCAGACCAUAUCGAGCCUGCAAUAGCACUAGAAUGCACAGGGGUGGAGAGCAGUGUUGCAACUGCAAUUUACGCCACAAAAUUUGGUGGCAAAGUCUUUGUCAUUGGUGUCGGAAAGAAUGAGAUAAACAUCCCCUUCAUGAGGUUGAGUACUCGCGAAAUCGACCUGCAAUUUCAAUACAGAUACUCAAAUAUGUGGCCAAAGGCCAUCCGGCUCGUCCAAGGAGGAGUAAUCGAUCUUGGAAAGUUGGUGACGCAUCGGUUCGAUUUGGAGGAUGCCGUCAAGGCAUUUCAGACAGCGGCGGAUCCGAAGACGGGGGCAAUCAAAGUCCAAAUUCAGAGCGGUGGUGAUUGA